GGAUGAACCAAAGAGACAAAACCUCGGCACGAUUUCAUGUCUCUAGGAGCACUGUGAAGAGAAUCUUUGCUCACUGGUCCGGAAAAAACUCCAUGUCUUCAGUAUUUCAGGCUUUCAGUGAGCACACAAAGAAUUGCCCUUGCCUUCGCAAGGUGUUGUUUUCUCUGUCGCCCAGGCCAAUUUUUGAAACCCCUGACAGGGCGAACAGCGCCACCAAGAGUAGCCAAGGAAUCCAUCGAAUUCCAGCAGCUGCCGGAGAAUCCCUUGUCUCUUUUGAGGCACCCACCCCACAGGAGUUCACUUCGUGGCCGGCGCGGUACCAGGCGUCUCUCGAAAACACCAGAGGAGCCCUCUGGAAGUGA